AUGGACACCCACUUGAUCGCUCGGCAGACUGUCGUCAACCCCAACGAACUCCCACCCGGCUGGGUCAUCCAGAACGGGCGGGCGAUUCCAUGGUGGUACAGUCGGACGGGCGUCAUCGUCAAGUGGUCCGUCUUCCUGGGCUUCACGACGCUCUUUGCCGCCUUCCUCAUCAUCGGCUACGCCCACGGCAAGCGCCGCAUGAAGAAGGGCCUCCUCCCUCUGGGCUACCACCGCUGGCUCUUCAGCCGCGCCCAGCUCGCCCGCGUCGACAGCCGCUACGCGUGGCCCGCCGCCUCCUACAACACCUACCGCCCAGAGUACUACAACACCCACCCGCAGGCCCAGGCCGGCGGCUACUACGGCAUGCAGGGGAUGCCGCCGCCGACCUACGACCCCAACGCCGCGAGGCCGCCCAUGUACGCGCCGCCCGACGGCGGGUCCAAGGUCGACCCGUCCCAGGAGUUCGGCGUCACGCCCCCCGCAGGCCCGCCGCCGCCGCAGGCUGCCGUUGCCGCGAACCACACCGGGCAGUCUUACCCGUACAGGGCGCAGUGA